UCUGUGAUUUGCAACAUCAUUGUGACUUUUUUACGCAAUUUCACCAGCAAGGCAUCGCCAAAGUGAAAGAAGUAGUCUUUUUCCGACAAAGUGCGCACAUUUCCUCCAAAUAUGAAGGUAGCACUGCUUGCUGUCCUCAUCUGCGUCUGCCUCUUGGCCCAGUAUUCAGAAGCGCGUCGUGGUCGUGCAAGAGGAAGAACAAAAUCAAGGGUGCAAAUUGGACUGCCGAUCACAGGCAAAUAUCGCGAUCCUGAGUCCGAUCAGUACUACAACAAUAACAACGGAGCCAAGAUCACUCUCGCCUCACACUUUGACUAUGAAUACGUUCUGGGGCACAAAAUAGCCUUCCUUUGCGUGGCCAAAGGAAAUCCUCGUCCGCACAUAACGUGGUUCAAGGACGGCGUGGAGAUCUUCAGUCACAUUUACAUGCACGUACACGAGUGGCGCAUUGGGAAAGACAAAGUAAAGUCCAAGAUUGAAAUUGAUCCUGCGACGCAAAUGGACGCGGGCGUUUACGAGUGCACAGCUGAUAAUAUGUACGCGAUUGACCGGAGAAGUUUCAAGACUGACUUCUCCAUCGCUUUCGAUUGAAGAUCUGCAGGAGAGAUCGUGCUAUGCAGUAUAAUCCUCAAAGUUUAGAACCACUUGAAUCCGUUUUGUAUCAACACUUAAAAAGGAGAUCAAUAAAAUGUUGGAUUUAAACCAAA